ACUAUGUUAAUUCUUCUUCGUCAUAGAGAGAAAUAAUAUGAAGUGAAAUCAAAUGGAAGAUCGAAUGCUCCCUCAAUUUCGCAGCAUUAAAUGCGUACCCCCCUUCUUUGUAGCAAUUUUGCUCCCCCUGUUUAUGAGUUCAAUUGAGGCUUUGGUAAAUUCACAAAAAAACUGUUUCAUCGGACUAGUUGCCGAAAGACCUAGUUCAGUUCAAUACGCAGAAUACGACAAAGAAAAUAUUAAACAAUAUGUGCUACAGUUCCAAAUUGACCUUUGCGAGAAUAGCAAAAACACAGAUGAUAUCAGUCUAGGCGUGAGUCGAAUAGUGCAAAACAAUGCACUGAUGGCCAUACCACACAUAGCCCCAAUUCCAUCGGUAAUAGCAUUACAAAACAAUGAGGAGAUAUCACAAGAUCAAGCAAAUGAUCAACAAGUCUAUUUCAGAAUAGUAAAUCGCAAAAAGGGUCCGAACAGCGACUCCUAUGAUUACUUCAUAGAACUUGUGUUUCCAGUGCUGACACUACAGAGUUCAAUGUUUAUAAAGAUAGUGUUUAAGUCCAAAGGAAAUGUAGCGAGUUACUCGGCUUUCAGCGAAUGGUCAGGACAGUUGAUAGUCCAGCAGAAGGCAGAAAUAGAAGCCGUGACACAUCAUACUGUUCAAAAUAUCCUCAACAAUGGAGAUCUUCGCAAUGAAAUUAUCUGUGGGAAGUUACUCGGACACCCAGAGCCGAAAGUUAUCUGGGAAUGCGCCGGAAACCAGAACUUUUGGCUAAAGAAGACAAAAGAUUCGCCAAAAGAGUAUGGACCCCACACACAAGCGAAUCUUUCGCUUUAUGAAUUCGGAGAUGAUAAAGAUUGUCAAGGAGACGGAAGGUUUGAGUUGGUGUGUAAAAUAAGCAAUGAAAUCAUGACAGACGGCGUAAAGACAGAAUACAAGGACCAGAAAACGAUCAGCACUAUGCAAGUGAUCCAAGCGGUUGAUAACGACAAAGCGACUUGUUAUUAUCUGGAAAAAGGAGACGAUGGCACUGGUUGUCAAGACUAUAUAUCCCGGAACAAUGAUGAUAAUAAUAGAAUCCAGUUCAACAGUACUCACGGGUUAAAAUCAUUCAUGGAAGUUUUGAAGUUCAAGUCUUCCCAUCUCAAAGGCGAAAUCUCAAUUUGUGAAAAAGUUAUGCAAAAUUUGGCAUGUAAUUUUUUCGCCAGUGACUGUAAAGAACGCGCCGAAGAUCUUUUCUGCAGAAAAGAAUGUGAAAUGAUUAUAACAUCGUGUUCGGUUAGCGAAGCGCUACCUCUGCAGAAACGAUUUUGCGACUAUUUCCCUAUGCCUAAUCGACAAAAAACAUGCCGUGUCGACUUUCUGAAAGGUCUCUCCCUUUUCGACAAUAAGACUCAAGUUAGCGUUACGAACAACAGUGUCUAUAAAGGCAGUUUCAUGGCCCCAGACAAUCAGACGUGUGAAAAAUGGAGUGACGUAGAAACUAAGUUUCACUUGCUAAGAGGAGCUUACUCACAAAAUUACUGCCGUGCUACAAAUGCGCCUGAAGAUAAUAUUCUAAGAUGCUACAACAAAUUUGCAGACACGUAUAUUCAGUGCUGGCCAGAAAAACCAGAAGAGCCAGAUUCUGGCGAUAUUCAUCAUCUGGCACGAAAGUGUGACUUUACGUGCAAAUUGCAAGAGGGAAUCGCAAGUCAUUGGAAAGUAGUGCUAACAGCUCUCUGUUGUGUUGUUGCAAUGGCUAUAAUUAUUCUUGUGCUUAUUUACUGUUGUUGCUGCAAGCGGCCAAGUGUACGAAUGGUAGCUCAUGACCGCAGUAGUUUUCCAGACAUGAAACUGCGUCAGAACCCAAUGUAUGCGCCAAGUACGAACCAGUCCCGAGUUCUGCCAAACACCCCGGACCCAUCGCUAGGUAUGGGUCCCCCAGAUAUACGAGGCUCACACCCUCGAUUUCCAAAUGUGAUGCAAGCAUCUCGCAAUCGAUACGUGCCUACGCCUGAAAACAGUCUAGGACGGUCCGGUCAACCAGCAGGUCCUAACUUCAGAUUUUCAGGCGGUUUCCGACCCCCUACUCCGGCGAUUCCAGGUGGGCCCAUGUCUAGAGGUCCUCCUCCACCUGUAGGUUUCGGCUACGCGCUAGCGAACCGAGAUGCCAAUCCACUGGCGCAAUUUGAGUAUGACCGGAACAAAAUUCAGUACAUAGAAGACAUAGGAUCUGGUGCUUUUGGGUACGUGUUCAGAGCCAAAGCGCCUGGAUUAGGAAGGAGGGAUAUGUCUUUGGCAGCAGGAGGCGCUCCUCAGGAUCCUUCUUUUCUGGGAACUGAGGUGGCAGUCAAGAUGCUAAAAGAUGACGCUACUGAAGACCAAAUGGCCGACUUUGUCAAUGAAGCGAAACUGAUGUCGUCAUUCAAUCACCCCAAUAUUAUUAAACUACUUGGAGUUUGCUCAGUUGGCAAGCCUUUCUGCUUGUUACUUGAGUACAUGAAAAACAGAGACUUAAGCGACUUCUUACGCAAAAACGGACCAGAAUCGGAUCUAGACGUGAAAGCACGAGUGAACCUAUCGAUCGCAGAUCUGAUUCUGAUCUGUCAACAAGUCGCAUCUGGCAUGUCUUACAUCUCUGAGAAGAACUACAUCCACAGAGACCUGGCCACCAGGAAUUGUCUGGUUUCGGAAAGUAUGGCAGUCAAGAUAUCGGACUUCGGCCUGUCACAAUUCAUAGGCACUGACGACUACUCACAAGUUGAUGACAACGAUGCCAUACCAAUUCGAUGGAUAGCCCCUGAAGCACUAAUCACAAACAAAUAUACGAAACAGUCAGACGUGUGGGCAUUUGGAGUUCUGUUGUGGGAGGUUUUCUCUUUCGCAACUCAGCCAUAUAUCUCGAUGGCCAACAUAGAAGACGUAGUGGACUAUGUCACCAGUGGAAACCAUCUGGACAAACCACACCACACACCUGAAGACAUUUACGAAGUAAUGUGUCAGUGCUGGAAUGGAGAACCCACAAAGCGACCCAACUUCAGAAAUCUAUACGAAAUACUCGACAACCUACUGAAGCGAUACACGUCUUCACAGAGCGAAAGUUUCUGCUGACCCCAACCCCCCCCCCCACCCAACAGACACACACUACCCCAUCUCAAUCCAACCCCCCUUUCACCCAAAAAAGGAAGUACAGUACCCCUAAUGUCUUCAGCAGCGCCUCAAAUGACAUUAACAACACAAAUAACUCACAAAAAUAAACCUUAACCCUAAAUAAAAAAAAUAGAGGUUCUUUUCCAAUUGUGGCCAAAAUUAUCGUAGCUCUCCGUUGACGCUUUU